AGGAGAGAGAGAGGAAGAGGACCAGUGGGGGGAUGGUGAUAGAGCAAGGGAUUGAAGAAGGGAGGGCUGAAGACUGUAUGUGAGAGAGAACGAGGGAGGGGGGAGGUAACGAAGAACCGAGACACACAGUGUAGCAGGAAUCGCCACAGAGCUGCCAAGGGUCUUUCCAUGAAAGCGGAAACGCUCUCACACAUGCACGGGUGGUGAAAGGCUUUUCAGAUGAGCCCAUAUUUUGAGUGACCCGAGAGAAAAGGAGAACCAUUUUUCCUGCGUCUCUGUCUGUCUCAUGAGCAGCCAUGCCUGUUCUCUCACCUACCACAGGUUUACAUGAGAUGCUAGCCCUCGUCACUUCCCAGCUGCAUCCAGAUGCUAAUCAUAAAGAGGACAUGGUUUUCCUCAGGGAGGUCUUCAGUGAGAGGAGCCUCAGCUAUCUUAUGAAAAUCCAUGAGCGACUCAGGCAGUUCCAGCUCCAUAACCCAACCCCAGUGCUCCACAGCGCAUCCUGCCUGGCCGAAGAUGUCGCAGAGGAGCUACAGAACGGACCACUGGAAGAAGAUGAGAGAGAGCUAUUAACACUUUUUACUGCUCCACAUGUGAAGGCAGUGCUAACAGUACAUGACACAGUGGCGCAGAAGAACUUUGAGCCUGUGCUCCCCCCUCUGCCGGAUGAUCUAGACGAUGAACUAGAGGAGGAAUCAGUGAAGAUUGUGCGUUUGGUGAAGAACAAGGAGCCUCUUGGUGCGACCAUCCGCAGGGAUGAAGUAACUGGGGCGGUAGUGGUUGCUAGGAUAAUGAGGGGCGGGGCUGCAGACCGCAGUGGUCUGGUACAUGUUGGAGAUGAGUUGAGGGAGGUCAAUGGAAAUCUAAUUAUACACAAACGUCCUGAGGAGAUCAGCCAGGUUCUGUCUCAGUCUCAGGGCUCGAUCACUCUGAAGAUAAUCCCUGCCAUUAAGGAGGAGGAUAGAUUCAAGGAUAGUAAGGUCUAUUUAAGAGCCCUGUUUGAUUACACACCAUUUGAAGACAAGGCCACACCCUGUCAGGAGGCAGGACUGCCUUUCACAUGUGGGGACAUCCUGCAGGUGGUGAGCCAAGAUGACCCAACAUGGUGGCAGGCCAAAAGAGUGGGAGACAGCAACCUGCGUGCUGGACUCAUUCCUUCAAGACAGUUCCAGGAGAGACGACUGUUGUAUAGGGUGAAAAUGGGAACACACCAGAGCCCUAAAUCACCUAGAGCAUCACCAUGUGACCAAACUUGUGAAAAAGCUGGUCUAAGGAGAAGCUUCAGACUGAGCCGCAAGGAUCACCAGGGUUCGACCAAAGAGUCUCAUCCAGCAGAGUCCACAGAGAGUGAGUUUCUCAUAUAUGAAGAGGUGACACUAUAUCAGAUGAGACCCCAAGACAAACCAAGACUUGUGGUGCUGAUAGGAUCUCUUGGUGCUCGAAUCAAUGAGCUGAAGCAGAAGGUGAUUGCUGAGAAUCCUCAUCGAUAUGGUGUUGCUGUGCCACACACAACCAGACCCAGGAAGAGCCACGAGAAAGAAAGUGUAGAAUACCACUUCAUCUCCAAGCAAGCCUUUGAGGCUGACAUCCAAUCGAACAAGUUUAUUGAAUAUGGUGAAUAUAAGAAUAACCAAUAUGGGACAAGUCUGGAGUCAAUCCGGAGUGUCCUGGCGAGAAAUAAAGUGUGUCUAGUAGAUGUUCAACCUGAGGUAAAUAGAACAUUUUGCCAUUUUUAUUAG